CCAGUGAUUAGCAUGGCAUCUGGCUCGUCCCGCCCGCUCUUGACUGACAGCUGGAUCACGGCACCGCCCUCAAUCCCCCCGACUCUUGCUCACUGGGGUGGCUGGGACCGUUAGCUCGCCAGGCUGGCAGGCUCCAGGGCCCAGCCCGCCGGCCGCCGGGAUGGAGACGUUGCGAGCACAGCGGCUGCAACCCGGCGUAGGUGUCGGCGGGAGAGGCACUCUGCGAGCGCUGCGGCCGGGGGUGACUGGGGCCCCGACUAGCGCCGCCACACCCCCCGCGGGCCCACCGCCCGCCCCGCCGCCCCCCGCCCCGCCCCCGCCCCCUCUGCUUCUGGCUGGGGCCCCCGGGCUGCCCCUGCCCCCCGGCGCCGCGGGGAGCCCUGCGGUGCUGCGCGAGGCGGUGGAGGCGGUGGUAAGGAGCUUCGCCAAGCACACGCAGGGCUACGGUCGAGUGAAUGUGGUGGAGGCCCUUCAGGAAUUCUGGCAGAUGAAGCAGUCUCGGGGCGCUGACCUGAAGAACGGGGCUCUGGUGGUGUAUGAGAUGGUCCCCUCCAACAGCCCUCCCUACGUCUGCUAUGUCACUCUGCCUGGGGGGAGCUGCUUCGGGAGUUUCCAGUUUUGCCCCACAAAAGCUGAGGCCCGGCGAAGUGCUGCAAAGAUUGCAUUAAUGAACUCCGUGUUUAAUGAGCAUCCAUCCCGAAGAAUUACUGAUGAGUUUAUCGAGAAGAGUGUCUCAGAGGCCCUGGCAUCUUUCAAUGGUAACAGAGAGGAAGCUGACAACCCAAACACGGGCAUUGGUGCCUUCCGAUUCAUGCUGGAAUCUAACAAGGGCAAGUCAAUGCUGGAGUUCCAGGAGCUGAUGACAGUUUUUCAGCUGCUGCACUGGAAUGGCAGCCUUAAGGCCAUGAGGGAGAGGCAGUGCUCUCGACAGGAGGUGUUGGCUCAUUAUUCACAUCGGGCCCUGGAUGAUGAUAUUCGCCACCAAAUGGCUUUGGACUGGGUGAGCCGGGAGCAGAGUGUGCCAGGGGCACUGUCAAGAGAGCUGGCUUCCACUGAACGGGAGCUUGAUGAAGCCCGGCUGGCGGGCAAGGAGCUGCGCUUCCAUAAGGAGAAGAAAGAUAUCCUCAUGCUGGCCGCCGGGCAGUUGGGCAACAUGCAUUCUUCCAGCUGCUAAGCACCUACCAUCCCCCUACUUGCCACGGCGCUUCAGGCCCUUUUUUUGUAUGUCUCCUUUUUAAGACGUAGGAUGAUGAUUUCUGUAUAUACUUUCUCAAUUUUAUACUUUAAAUAUAGAUAUAUAUGUAUAAAUUCUACACCUGGCUUCCUAUUUACUAAGAGAUCCCUUUUCUAACUUCUAGUUUGGUGAUGUAGUUACCUUUGAAAUGUCACUGUUCUAUUUUAGAGAGUGUGGUUGGCUCUUAACCCUUCAGAUUAUCUAAGUCACCGCCAUGUACAGCUUACUAAGUGCUCGUGUCUCUUUCCUUUAACACAGCAGACAGGUGUGUGGUGACUCAUAGCUAGGAUCUCUACACUCAAGAGUCUCAGGCAGUACUGCUGUGAAUAUGAGGCCAGCCUGGACUACAUAGAAAGUUUCGGGUCAGCAUGGGCUAGGGUGUAUGAUCCUGUCAGAUCCCUCUCCUCCCACAUAUAAAACCACAGAGGGAAUCAGAAACAUGUGCCCCACCUCCCACACUCUUGGUUUCUAAGACUAUGUAGGGUAAGAGCAUCAGGUUUUGAAGUGACCUUCCAAUACACCUCUCCUGCCCACUUUCCUCCUUCUUUGCCUCUAAGUUUGCUCCUUCAGUUGGGGACUUCCCUACCUUAUCCAGAAGGAAACCUGGCUUCCUUUUGUUUUAUGAGACAUCUUCUUAUGGCCGGAACUUAUCCUAUAGACUAGCAGGACUUCAUAUUUGUGGCUGUAUCUUGCUGAGCUCACGGGCAUGGGUCACCAUGCCUCGCCUGGUUUUUAUUUUAAAGUCACUCCUGAGAAACUACCUAAGAACAAGAGAAUUAUACAGCCAAUUCCUAUGGGUGGGUAGGUGGCACUACCCAGGCUGCUUCUGGGCUUAUCUGCCCUGCCAAGUCUAGGUUUCUGGAUGUGAGAAGAGGGUAACGGUUGAGGCUGCUUGCCUUUCACCACCGCCUGGAGUCACUUCUCUUACUCACCAGAAUAAAGACAUUCGCACAUACAUGGCACAAGUGCACAUGCGCGCAUACACACAAUUUUCCCAUCUGUUUAUGUAGCCUAGGCUGGCCUCAAACUCUCCUUGCAGCUGAGAGUGACCCUGAACUCCAGACCUCGUCAGCCUCUCACGUGCUAGGACCUCAGUGAAUACCACCUCAGCUGCCUUAAUCCUUUCUUUUUGUUUUUAUUAGAUAUUUUCAGUAUCUAAUAUUUUUUAUUCGAUAUUUUCAAUCUUUUGUUUUGUAGUAACCGUAGCUCUUCUGUUUAGCGAGAACAGUGUUCCUCUUUUGUCCACUGAGCUGUGCUGUUUAUUCUGAAAUGUACACACCUUGGAGUCUGAUUCUUCCUUCUCCUCCACAUUGACUGUGAGAACUGGGGUAGAUGAAGUGUGGGUUAGAACAUGGUUCUUCUUAAGCAUAACAGGUUACUUGUGUGUGAAGAGAAAACUGACCUGGAGGACAGGCAGGCUUUGUACUUUUGUAGAAUUUUAUGUAGUAAGCUCAAUUUCCCUUCUUUCUGUGAUCUCAGCUAUAUUGUAUUAUUAUUCAGUGCACUUUCUAUCAAUUUGGGACAGUUAAUGCUACUAUAAUUCAACUUCCAUUUUGACAGCUGGAGUUUGAUUAGAUUAGUAGCUGAGUCUGAUGGUGUAGUCUGUAACCUCAGCUAUAAGAUUGGAAAUUCAAAGUCCAUCUUAGCUAGAGCAAGUUCAGGGGCAACCUGGGUAACUUAGCCAGACUAUCUCAAAAAUAGGAAGUAAAAUCAGGGCUGGGGAUAUAGCAUCAUGGAAGAGAGUCUGCCUGGCAUGUGAGGCCUAAAUUUAAUCUCUACUGCAAAAGGGGAGGGGAGGGAGUGAGAGAUUUGGCAGGAAGAGGGAGGAAAGGAAAUAGAGUUACAUCAGUUAGCUCACUGGGUAGGAGCCGGGCGUGGCAGCGCAUGCCUGUGAUCCCAGCACUUGGGAGGCAGAGGUAGGUGGAUUUCUGAGUUCGAGGCCACCUGGUCUACAGAGUGAGUUCCAGGACAGCCAGGACUACACAGAGAAACCCUGUCUCCAAAAACCAAAAACAAACAAAACAAAAACAAACAAACAAACAAAAAAAGCUCACUGGGUAGGAACAAGGUAAAAGAAGUUUUCUUGCUUUUGAAAUCAUCUUUGUGACAAGGACAUAUGGGAUCAGGGUAGGGUAUCCAGUUAGAAUAGUGUCAGAAUUUGGAAAAGGGUCCUUGGAUUCCUUUAGUUAACCCUGUCUCUUUGUUCCAUAAAAAUGCACUUGGUUAGAACAGAGGCUCCUGCAUUACAUGUGUCACUGUUUUAAAUUGGUAUUUAUAACCUAGAUGCCAUGAAUCCUCCAGUUUCUCCUGUGAUCCUUUCUUUGUGUAAGACAUGUUAAGGGUUAUCAGUUUGGGGAAGAAUUGUUCUUGUACCUCCUGGAAUGAUUAUUUUUCUCAAAAACCCAACACUCCAAAGAACAUGAGAAAAAUUGUUCUGACCACUUUUGAUGUUGAAGAUUUUAGUUAUCCUUUUGGUACUUUCUAUGUAUUUUCUAUGUAAAAUUUUACACAAUUAAAAAUGGUUUUUUGUCUAGUAA